UUUGUUAGUUAAAUAUGACAACAAAAAAGAGGAGAAGAAGGAGAAAAAGUUCUACAAAUAAUGUACAGCAUGUUGAAGAGCCAGCCACAAAAAAACCAAGAUUGAACUCACAAGAGGAGGAUCCAACUUCACAACUAUGCACGAAAGCACAAGUGGAAUUGACGUCGAAUUCAAAAGGAAUAAUAAAUGACACACGCGUAUUAGAAAUAAGCGGUCAAGAAAGCUUUCACUUAGGUUCGCAUUUUGAUACGCAAACCGUUUCUGAUAGGGUUAAAGCAACAACUGUAUCCUCUUCAUUAUAUACAAAUGGAAACACGAGAAGUCAUUCUGCUAAAAAAUAUACGAUUACAGAAAAAGAUUUAAUCUAUUUGGCUCAGAUUAAGGAAAAUAAGAUAGAUGAAAAUAAGCGUACGAGUGGUCGUCCUGUUAUUACCUUUUCAAUUUCUGAUAACAAUCUUACUAAUUUGGAAUUAAUUCAAAGUAAAGAGAAUGGUGAAAUCACUGAGAAUUUCAGUAAAGAACAAAUCGAUAAUUUAAAAGGAAACGGACAGGUUGAGAAUUUCCGAUUUGAGGAUUCAGUUAUUGAAAUAAUACCCGAGAAUAUUAAAGUAGAAAAUGAAAGUUCCAUUCAAAUUGGAAAUAAUGAAGUAAAUGAAGUAAAUGGAGGAAUUGAGAGCAAAACAGGCUGUGUUGAGAAUUUCAAAGAGCAUGAUCAAAAUAUACAAAAUAGCUAUAUUGAGAAUUCCGAUGAGCAUGAGGAUUCUAUAAAUAAUGAACAUUUCGAAAUUUCUAAAAAAGACAACAAUUUAUCUAAACAAUUCCUCAGGCACACAAAUUCAAAACAUCUUCGACCUGGAUUGGAAAAAUAUUGGCAUCAACGUUACUUAUUUUUUUCAUUAUAUGAUGAAGGUAUUAUGAUGGAUGAAGAGGGAUGGUAUUCAGUCACACCGGAAUAUUUAGCAGCAUAUAUUGCCAAAAGAUGUGCUUGUGAUACAAUAAUUGAUGCUAUGUGCGGUGUAGGAGGGAAUGCAAUUCAAUUUGCGAUGACAUGUAAAAAAGUAAUUGCGAUUGAUAUAGACGAGACUAAGUUAUAUUGUGCUAAAAAUAAUGCCAGGAUAUAUGGAGUAGAGGAUAAGAUAGAAUUCAUACUGGGAGAUUUUUAUAAUUUAGUACCUCGCCUAAAGGCUGAUGUGGUGUUUCUGAGUCCACCUUGGGGAGGUCCAUCUUAUCGUAGGUCAAAAGUUUAUGAUAUUAAAACAAUGAUAUCAGUAGACGGAGAAAGAUUGUUCCGAGAAUCUAGUAAGAUCACAAAAAACAUUGUAUAUUACGUACCCAAAUCUAUAAAUUUCAAUCAGAUGCAAAUGUUAUGCGAGCCUGAUAAAAUUUGCGAAUUUCAAAAAGUAAUUGUUUGGGAUAAAACUAAGUCGUAUUUAGUAUAUUAUGGAGACUUAGUAGGUAAUUAUUUCAGUGAGGUGAUCAAACUUCCAAGAUAUUGGGUUAAUGAUACUUCUGCUGAUUAUAAUCAAUCUGAAGAAACUGAAUAUUAGGAAUAUAAAUAAGGAAUGAGAAAAUUGAAAAUUAAUUAUUGCAUCUGAUUGAUGCUUUAUUAAUAAAAAUAUCUUAAAGACAGAAUAAAUCAGAAAUAGUUUAGCUAAGAUUAAAAUGUUAUAGUUUUUAUUAAAAAAAUGUCACAGGUAUGCUUUAGAUGACUUUGUUUUGACUCCUAUAGUCCUAUUAAAUAAACAACUAACUUACAUUUUAAUGUCUUAUUUAAAAUAGUAAUGGUAUU